GUAGGGGCAAGCCUUUCGCUGGAAGCUUGAGCCCAUCGGUAUCUGAUUAGCGAUUACGUAUGCUGGGGGUAAUUGGGCGACAACACGAUUGGGGUCUCUGAAAGAAUUCGUUAUCCAGUAUGGCAUACUGGGGAGUGAGAGGCAGCGCGGCGGAAAUUCACUAAGAGGACGCGACGGCGACUCGUAGGGACCUAGUGCGCUCGCACUGCCCCGGGGAUGGCCUUCGGGUCUCGGUGACCCGCCCGGGCAGUGGUAAGGGGGACUGCGACCCGGGAGCUCGGGGGGUACACGCUGUCCCGUGCGGGACUGCUCCUUCUUUGCCCAAGCAGCUGGGUGGGGAUUGCUGGUGGAGGAUGUCAGGCCGCCGCUGCGCCGGGGCCUCGGGUUCUGCCGCUGCUCACGGAGAUACGGUGACCAGCGGGGAGCCUGCCCGCGAGCUAUUCGAGGCCUGUAGGAAUGGUGACGUGGAACGAGUAAGGAAGCUGGUGAAUGCGGAGAACGUGAAUAGCAGGGACACCGCGGGCAGGAAGUCAACCCCACUCCACUUUGCUGCAGGAUUUGGUCGUAAGGAUGUUGUGGAAUACUUGCUGCAGAUUGGUGCCAAUGUCCAUGCUCGUGAUGAUGGUGGCCUCAUUCCACUUCACAAUGCCUGUUCCUUUGGCCAUGCCGAAGUUGUGAAUCUCCUUCUGAGACAUGGUGCUGAUCCUAAUGCCCGUGACAAUUGGAAUUACACACCUCUCCAUGAAGCAGCCAUCAAGGGCAAAAUCGAUGUUUGUAUAGUACUACUUCAGCACGGUGCUGAUCCCACUAUCCGUAAUACAGACGGGAGGACUGCUUUAGACUUAUCUGACCCAUCUGCAAAAGCUGUGUUGACAGGAGAGUACAAGAAAGAUGAGCUGUUAGAAGGUGCAAGGAGUGGAAAUGAGGAGAAAAUGAUGGCAUUACUGACGCCUCUUAAUGUCAACUGUCACGCCGGCGAUGGGAGAAAGCAGGAUGGGACAGCAGUUUUCAGCUCCAGUCCUCAGGGAUCUUCAGCCAAGUCAACCCCACUGCAUUUAGCUGCAGGCUACAACCGGGUCAAAAUUGUGCAACUCUUACUUCACCAUGGAGCUGAUGUGCAUGCUAAAGAUAAAGGGGAUCUGGUACCCCUUCACAAUGCUUGUUCAUAUGGACAUUAUGAAGUAACGGAACUUCUUGUUAAGCACGGUGCUUGUGUAAAUGCAAUGGACCUGUGGCAGUUUACUCCUCUGCAUGAAGCGGCAUCUAAGAACCGAGUGGAAGUGUGCUCUCUAUUGCUAAGCUACGGGGCUGAUCCUAAUAUGCUUAAUUGCCAUAAUAAAAGUGCCAUUGAUCUGGCCCCAACUCCACAACUAAAGGAGAGGCUAUCAUAUGAGUUUAAAGGCCAUUCGUUGCUGCAGGCUGCAAGAGAAGCAGAUCUUGCUCGUCUUAAAAAACAUCUGUCGUUAGAGAUAGUGAAUUUUAAACACCCACAGACUCAUGAGACUGCUUUGCACUGUGCUGCUGCAUCGCCAUAUCCCAAAAAGAAACAAGUGUGUGAGCUACUGCUUAGAAAAGGAGCAAAUGUCAAUGAGAAGACGAAAGACUUUUUGACACCUCUUCACGUUGCUUCAGAGAAGGCCCACAAUGAUGUCAUCGAAGUGUUGAUGAAGCAUGAUGCUAAGGUUAAUGCGUUAGAUAAUUUGGGACAGACCUGCCUUCAUCGUGCUGCACAUUGUGGCCAUUUGCAGACCUGCCGACUCCUACUUAACUCAGGAUGUGAUCCAGCAAUUGUGUCGCUGCAGGGCUUUACAGCUCUUCAGAUGGGUAAUGAGAGUCUACGACAACUUCUUCAUGUGGGUACGCCUUUCAGUAAUACGGAUAAUGAUCGCCAGCUGCUGGAAGCUGCAAAGGCUGGCGACUUGGAAACUGUCAAAAAACUGUGUACACCACAAACCGUAAACUGUAGAGACUUAGAAGGACGUCAGUCAACACCACUCCACUUUGCGGCAGGAUACAAUCGGGUGUUAGUGGUGGAAUAUCUGCUGCAGCAAGGAGCUGAUGUUCAUGCAAAAGAUAAAGGAGGUUUGGUGCCUUUGCACAAUGCUUGUUCCUAUGGCCACUACGAAGUGGCAGAAUUACUGGUCAAACAUGGAGCUGUUAUCAACGUAGCAGAUCUAUGGAAAUUUACUCCUUUACAUGAAGCAGCAGCAAAAGGGAAAUAUGAGAUAUGCAAGCUUCUGCUACAGCACGGAGCCGAUUCCACAAAGAAAAACCGAGACGGUAAUACACCACUGGACUUGGUGAAGGAUGGAGACACUGAUAUUCAAGAUCUUCUCCGUGGAGAUGCUGCUUUGCUUGAUGCCGCUAAAAAGGGUUGCAUGGCUCGGCUUACAAAACUUUGCACCCCAGAAAAUGUCAAUUGCAGAGAUACACAAGGCAGGCAUUCUACACCAUUACAUUUAGCAGCUGGCUAUAAUAAUCUGGAGGUUGCGGAGUACCUCUUAGAGCAUGGUGCUGAUGUAAAUGCACAGGAUAAAGGGGGACUAAUCCCUUUGCACAAUGCAGCAUCAUAUGGGCAUGUGGAUGUGGCAGCGUUACUCAUAAAAUACAGUGCAUCUGUAAAUGCCUUUGAUAAAUGGGCCUUUACACCCCUGCACGAAGCAUCCCAGAAAGGAAGGACGCAGCUUUGCGCUUUGCUGUUGGCACACGGAGCGGAUCCUACUCUGAAAAAUCAAGAAGGACAAACCCCGUUAGACCUUGUUACUGCUGAUGAUGUCCGUGCGCUUCUCACAGCCGCGAUGCCCCCGGCCGCACUACCAACAUUUUAUAAGCCACCGGUUAUCAGCGUGUCGCAGCCUACUGCAGCUUCUGUCCCGGUCCUGUCUUCUGUGCCCUCGAGUCCUCCCAGUUUAUCUGCCGCCAGUAGCCUGGAUAAUCUGUCAGCCAGCUUCUCUGAAACGUCAUCUGUUGGCAGCGGUGCUGAAGGCGCUGUUGGCUUGGAGAAAAAGGAAGAAGUUGUAGGUGUGGACCUGAGCAUAAAUCAGUUCUUGAGGAACCUUGGCCUUGAUCACCUUAUUGAUAUCUUUGAACGAGAGCAGAUCACACUCGAUGUCUUAAUUGAAAUGGGCCACAAGGAGUUCAAGGAAAUAGGAAUUAAUGCAUAUGGACACAGACAUAAAAUAAUUAAAGGUGUAGAGAGGCUGAUCUCUGGACAACAAGGUUUAAAUGCAUAUUUGACUUUAAAUACAUCUGGCAGUGGAACCAUACUAAUCGAUUUAGCUUCAGAUGACAAAGAAUUUCUUUCUGUGGAGGAAGAGAUGCAAAGCACUGUGCGAGAACAUAGAGAUGGUGGACACGCAGGCGGCAUCUUUAACAGAUAUAACAUAUUAAAGAUUCAGAAAGUGUGUAACAAAAAGCUUUGGGAAAGAUACACUCACCGCCGAAGAGAGGUCACAGAAGAAAAUCACAAUCAUUCCAAUGAACGGAUGCUUUUUCACGGUUCUCCAUUUGUAAAUGCAAUUAUCCACAAGGGAUUUGAUGAAAGACAUGCAUACAUUGGCGGUAUGUUUGGAGCUGGCAUAUACUUUGCUGAAAACUCUUCAAAAAGUAACCAGUAUGUCUACGGAAUAGGAGGUGGCACUGGAUGCCCGGUACACAAAGACAGAUCAUGUUACGUGUGCCAUAGGCAGUUGCUGUUUUGUCGUGUGACUCUGGGAAAGUCUUUCCUGCAAUUCAGUGCAAUGAAGAUGGCUCAUUCACCACCUGGUCAUCACUCAGUAACUGGUCGUCCUAGUGUGAACGGGCUUGCAUUGGCAGAAUAUGUUAUCUACCGGGGAGAGCAGGCUUACCCAGAAUAUUUAAUAACCUAUCAAAUAAUGAAGCCUGAAGCUACUGGAGAAGGAUAAAUUACCGACUGCAUAUUUCUGCAAACAGUGCAAAGCAAUGUGAAUACAUUGUCGCAUUGAGAGACUAAAGCUUUAAAUAUUGUACAGGAUAAUUCCUGAACAUUCAAGAAUUACUUUAUCAGCACUUUAACAGACGUCAUUCUUGAUAUAAAAAUGCGUCAAUAUUUUAACACCUUGAAAAUCUAAAGGAAUAGAUACAAUAAAAGAAAAAAAAUAUAACAAAAUGAAUUAUUAAACUCGUUUAUUUUAAAGCACACUAUUUACACUGAAUAUGUAAUUUGUAAAACUGUAAAUAAGAGCUUUUUUUUGUACUAGCCUUGUAUUUAUUACAUUGCCUUGUAAUAUAGACUUAACUGAAUUGCAGCCUUGUACAAAAGAGAUUGAUUGCUAUUUCUACGAACUUGAACUUCCAAAAACCCUUUGUGCACCACAGUCCUAUGCGUUACGUACUGUAUGCGGGGACUGUCAUAAGAUUGCAGCACUAACACCUCCCAGGUUUAGGUAUGGCUGCAUUUCAGAGUGAAUUUGAACCAAACGUUUACAUUCACAUUUGGUGGAAUACAUUGAUUAAUAGCGCAUAGAAAGGUUAACAACUUCUUAAAGAAUAAUGAAUUUGCUCAACGGUUCUAAAAAGAAAUGUUGACACAAAUGAUAUAAUUUAAGGAGUGAGAGAAGCAGUGAUAUAUAUUUGUGAGGGCGAUUUUGGGGAAGAAAA